AUGCCAACUUCCACAAAAUUAAGAAACGUAACCGUGCAAGUAGUAGACAUACUAAAAUAUCCAGAAACUGUCAAAACACAAUUUGCAGGGUUAUCUUCACCUCAAUUCACAAAAUUAGCCGUAGAAAAGACGGACAUACAAAAAUUUGCAGAAACAGAUUCAGCAAAAUUUGCAGAACCACAUACAACACAAACUGCAGACCUAGCUACAGAUAAACUUGAAGAAACAGCCCUAAAAAAAUCUGUUGAAUCAGCCAUACAAACAUUUGUAGAACCUGCCACAACACAAUUUGCAGAGCCUACUUUGGCAAAAUUCGCAGAACUAGCUGUAGAAGAAAAAGAAAUACAAAUAUUUGUAGAGCCACAUUAA